CUGAUCGGCCUGCAGCUGCUCUACACAAGUGCUUGUUUCCUCAAAAACCUCAGGGCAGCCCGACGAUCCGGACUACCGUACACAUGGUCGCUUCUCCACGAGCUAGAGGCCAAAGCCUUUGUCACUGAUGCGUUGCUGAGGUGGUGGUACCGCGAGCAUCUUCAAAAGGGUGAGGGCUGGCCGCGCUGGGCCCGGUUCAUGAUCAAGGACUGGCACUAUGAGGAUCGACGACGCGCAACGCUCGAGUACGGCGACUGCUUCCUGGUUGUCACGCCCAAUGCAUUGAUCUGCUACAUCAGCGAUGCAAGCACAGCGACAAGAUUGUUGACUCGCCGGAAAGCUUUCAUCAAACCUGCUGACAAGAUGAAGAUUCUUGAGCCCUUCGGUCCCAACGUGGUCUCGGUCGAAGGCGAUUUGUGGAAAUUCCAUCUAAGCAUAACCCUCCCUCCGCUAGCAGCAGACUCGGUGGCGCGUCUUGUGUGGGAUGAAACAGCUCGGCAGGUUGAUAUGAUGGCUGCGUCAUGGCGGCCCCAGGACAGCCACAAGGAGCGCAUCUACGCUCUCACCAUGAACACUAUGUCGCUGGUCGGGUUCGGACGCCAGGCCGAAUGGGGUGAAGGGGACAGACCAGACAACAUUCCCGCCGGCCACCAAUCCUCGCUCGUCAGUGCUCUCACACAGGUCGUCAUUCACCUCGCACCCAUCAUGCUUCUGCCACGCUGGGCGCUGCGCUGGUCGCCCUGGCCUAUCGCCUAUAGCGCCGUGAGUGAGGUUGAGCGUUACAUCGAGGAGCUGCUGGCCGAGGAGCGGGAGAAGCUCCAACGCAAAGGGAGCGGUCAGGCAUACCGUGAGAACCUGCUCACAGCAGUGCUGCGGACCAACAUGGCCGCCGAGAAGAACAAAGAGGCUCAGGCCAUAGGCCGAACGACUCUGACGGACGAAGAGAUCAAGGGCAACAUCUUCAUCUUCCUCGUAGCUGGCUAUGACACAACGGCAAACACGGUCCUCUUCAGCAGCCUAAUACUGAUGCUCAACCAGAAAUUGCAAGACCGUGUUCUGGAGGAAAUCGAUGCUGUUUAUGCUCGCGCGGAGCAGGAAGGCCGAUCAGAACUAUCGUACACACAGGACUUUCCCCGAUUCCGAUACCUGGUCGCGUUCAUGUACGAGGUGAUGCGUGUGUUUCCCAUCGUGCAGACGCUCGCCCGAGUCGGCGUCGAGGAGCAGGUGCUCCAAGUUGGUAAGGGCGCCGACGAGGCCAACUCGGGCGAGAUAGAAAUGCUCCGGCCCAUCCUCCCUGCGGGAACCUGUUUUAUCAUCAACAAUACAGCCAUCCACUACAACCCGGACGUCUGGCCUAGCCCAGAUGAGAUCGAACCACGGCGCUGGCUGGAGUCACAAAUUCGCGAGGGCACCGUAGCUAUCCCAGGAAAUCGCAAAGGCACCUUCCAGUCGUUUGGUGAGGGUCCAAGAGCCUGUUUGGGCCGCAGCUUCGCUCGCGUAGAGUUUGUCGCUAUCAUGUCAAGGCUCUUACGGCACCAUCGGCUCGAGUUUAGC